GGGCAUUAAAGUUCAUCCGCUCGGAUAAAAGCAGGUUCAGUGUCCCACUUGCGGGCAUAUCACGUAGUGAAGGAUAAUCCUGCGCUUUCGCACAAGGCACAGCAGCAUAAUAACAGCACAGGCAGGCGGGGAAAAUAUCUCGCCACAGCAAUACAGGCACAGAAGUUACUAACCCACACUAGCCCACUCGGUGAGAAAAAUGUUUUGUAAGUCUUUCUUGAGAACCACAUUGGUCGUGGGAAGCGGUCGACUGGAAAUGCACGCGGGAACAAGAAGGGUCGUCUCGUCGUCCCCCUAUUUGGAUAGCCGACGGCAUUCGACUUCGUCCACAAUGUUGACGGGUGCAAACAAACUAAAAACCAUGGAUGAGCUACAUGGACCUAGUUUUAUGACGUCUUUAUACUGGCUUUUCGGCAAAGGAUACUUUAAAAUAACCCAUCAAAUGCAGAUCGAACACAGCAAGAUCUACGGACCGCUGUGGAAGUCGAAAUACGGUCCCCUGGUGAUCGUGAACGUUGCCAGCGCCGACCUGAUCGAGCAAGUGCUGCGUCAGGAGGGGCGCCACCCCAUCCGCACCGACAUGCCCCACUGGAGGGGCUACCGGGAGCUCCGACAACAAGCCUACGGGCCGCUCACAGAGAUGGGUGCGGAGUGGCAGCGAAUCAGGAGCAUCCUGAACCCCAGGAUGUUGAAGCCGAAGCACGUGUCCACGUACACCGGCUCGCUCAAUCAGGUGGUGACCGACUUCAUCCAGAAACUGGAUUGGCUCAGGAAGACAAACGGAGGCGGGGUUAUGGUGCAUGACCUGGCAGGAGAGCUCUACAAAUUCGCCUUUGAAGGGAUCUCCACCGUGCUGUUCGAGACUCGGAUGGGCUGUCUGAACCAGCACGUCCCGGAGGAGACCCAGAGGUUCAUCUACUCGGUGGGGGAGAUGUUCCGGCUGUCCCCCAUCAUCGUGCUCUUCCCCAAAUCCGUCUGGCCCUACCUCCCCUUCUGGAAGCACUUUGUUGCAGUGUGGGACCAUCUCUUUAAAGUUGCCCAGGACCUGGUGGAGCAGAAGAUGGCGGAGAUCCAGGAGAAGCUGAAGCUGGGGGAGCCGGUGGAGGGGGAGUACCUGACCCACCUGCUGGUCAGCGAGCAGAUGUCCGUCACUGAGGUCCUGGGGAGCAUCACGGAGCUGCUCCUGGCGGGGGUGGACACGACGUCCAACACCAUCUCCUGGUCGCUGUACCACCUGGCGCGGGACCCCCACAUGCAGGACCGGCUCUACCGGGAGGUCAGCGGCGUCUGCCCCGGGGACAAGGUCCCCGACAGCGACGACAUCGCCAGGAUGCCCUGGCUCAAGGCCGUGGUGAGGGAAACCCUGCGACUGUAUCCAGUGGUACCAGGAAAUGCUCGCAUCACUGCCGAAAAUGAGAUUGUGGUCGGUGAUUACAUCUUCCCCAAAAACACGCUGUUCCACCUGUGCCACUACGCGGUGUCGUACGACGAGCGGAACUUCCCUCAGCCGCUGUCCUUCCGGCCCGAGCGCUGGCUCCGCGGCGGGGCGGAGAAGCAGCGGCAGCACCCCUUCAGCUCCGUGCCCUUCGGGUUCGGGAUCCGCGCCUGCCUGGGGAAGAGGGUGGCCGAGCUGGAGAUGUACCUCGUCCUGUCCCGGCUGAUAAAACAGUUUGAGGUUCGCCCCGACCCGUCCGGCGCCACGGUCAAACCGAUCACCAGAACCGUCCUGGUACCGGCCACGCCCAUAAACCUGCAGUUUCUGGACCGGACCAACCAGCAACAAGACACCGGCUCACAAGGACCAGAAACCGUUUCAACUUAACUGUUUGUUUUUUUUUUGUGUUUAUUUGGGUUCUUUGCAGCGUAGUUUGCUCUCACUUACCCUCACAAAAUAAUGUGUAGGAGCGACAGCACAAAUUGUAAUUCCAUGUCAUGUACAGGGGACCUGAUCUUUAAUGCAGUGUUCUUGUUAAGUGUUUUAGUCAGUUUUUCUGUACAGUCCUCAGUUACGUUUUGAGUCGAAUUCUAAUUUUGCUGCAAGGCUCCUAGACCUUCUGUCUCUAGUGGUGUACACUGUGUAAGGGACCAUCUGAUUCAAUCUAUCUGUAGUUUUAGUGGCCCGAUUUUAAUGUUGCAAAAAUGACCUAGAUCAUAGUCAUAUUUUGAUAUAAUUGAUAUUUAUAAUGGCUUACUGUAAUACAGACAUACAUGUAAAUGUUUUAUAUAUAGAAUAAUGUAUUUUACUUCCUUUUGUGCCUUAUUUUACUUACCUUUUUUAAAUGUAAUUUGUCACUGAUGUGUCUGGCCUUAUGAUAUGUUACAAACUUAUGUGCACUCAAAAAAAAUGAAUUGUUCAUUUUAAUAACAUUAUGGGCAGUACUUAAUCAUUUGAAUCAUAAUCAGUCACAUAUACUUAAUAAUAUUGCCUGCAACCACUGUCCAUAAUUUUGUGAAGUCCAAUGAUUCAUUUUAACGAGUGUGUCAUGACUUGCUGGCAUUUUAAUUCUCCCUGGCUAACGACAUCUGAAAAAAGUUAAUAAUUAAAAUGGCUGCAAGCGGAA